UUCAUUGCUCGAUCGCUCUGAAGCCCUCCCUGUCAGGCCUGGUUGCCAUGGCCGGGAGCGGAAGCAGCAGCGGGAGUGGGAGCAGCAGCUCGCCGCCGUGCGCGUCGUGCAAGCUGCUACGGCGGCGGUGUACCCAGGAGUGCGUGUUCGCGCCCUACUUCCCCCCUGAGGAUCCUCACAAGUUCGCCAUCGUCCACAAGGUCUUUGGCGCCAGCAAUGUCAGCAAGAUGCUCCAGGAGCUGCCUGCUCAGCAGAGGGCAGAUGCGGUAAGCAGCCUGGUGUACGAGGCCAACGCACGGAUGAGGGACCCUGUCUACGGCUGCGUCGGUGCCAUCUCCUACCUCCAGCAGCAAGUCUCACAACUCCAGAUGCAGCUCGCCCUCGCCAAGGCUGAGAUCCUCUGCGUCCAGAUGCAGCACGAUGGCCAUGCAACUGUUUCGUCACCACCAUCAGCAGCAUCGCAACAACUCGAGCGAAAACAGCAGCAGCUCAUGGAAUGCGAGGCGUAUGGUAGCCUGCUCAUGCAAAAUGGCCUGAUGAACACGUCGUUCAACAGCACUGCCGCCGCUCAUCAGCAGCAGCAGAUGCUGGCCGGCAGCUUAGGUUCCGCGGGGAACACUGCAAUGAUGCUGCAGGAGGCGUGCCUCAAGAAAGAGUCUCUAUGGACAUGAAUUAUAUGCAUUACUUCCAUUCGUCGAUAAGAAAACCUUGUCUCUGUCCACUUCUGUAAUUUUCCAAAAAAUAUCACCAUAAUCUGGCCAUGCAUGAUUCCUAAUGAAAGAUUAAGAGUUA